GCAGACUCCCUCCCUCCUUCCCGGUCGCGGUAGCUUUGACAGCUCGCGAUGGCGGCGGCCGGGUCUGCAGGGUUGCCGGCGACCGUGUCGGAAAAGCAGGAGUUUUACCAGCUUCUGAAGAACCUGAUCAAUCCAAGCUGUAUGGUGCGGAGGCAAGCAGAGGAAGUCUAUGAGAAUAUCCCAGGUCUGUGUAAGACUACAUUCCUCUUAGACGCCGUCCGAAAUAGAAGAGCAGGUUAUGAGGUGAGACAAAUGGCUGCCGCACUGCUACGACGGCUUUUGUCCUCUGGGUUUGAGGAGGUCUAUCCAAAUCUGCCUCCUGAUGUGCAGAGGGAUGUCAAGAUUGAACUCAUCCUGGCUGUUAAAUUAGAAACGCAUGCUAGCAUGAGGAAAAAGCUUUGUGAUAUUUUUGCGGUGCUGGCCAGGAAUUUGAUAGAUGAGGAUGGCACUAACCAUUGGCCAGAAGGUCUGAAAUUCCUCAUUGAUUCGAUUCACUCUAAAAAUGUGGUUCUGUGGGAAGUUGCACUUCACGUUUUCUGGCACUUUCCUGGGAUUUUUGGGAACCAAGAUCGCCACGAUUUGGAUAUCAUCAAGAGGUUGUUGGACCAGUGUAUUCAAGAUCAAGAGCAUCCAGCAAUCAGGACAUUAUCUGCUAGAGCUGCAGCUGCAUUUGUCCUUGCUAAUGAAAACAAUAUUGCACUUUUCAAAGACUUUGCAGACUUGCUUCCUGGAAUCUUACAGGCUGUGAAUGAUUCCUGCUACCAGGAUGAUGAUUCGGUGCUAGAAUCCCUUGUUGAGAUUGCAGAUACUGUACCUAAGUAUUUGGGUCCCUAUUUAGAAGAUACUCUGCAGUUGAGCCUGAAGUUAUGUGGAGACUCUAGGCUUAGUAAUCUGCAACGCCAGCUGGCUCUGGAAGUAAUAGUGACCUUAUCUGAAACUGCAACUCCGAUGUUGAAAAAACAUACCAAUAUUAUUGCCCAGGCUGUGCCUCAUGUAUUAGCGAUGAUGGUCGAUCUCCAAGAUGACGAGGACUGGGUAAAUGCUGAUGAGAUGGAAGAAGAUGAUUUUGACAGCAAUGCGGUUGCUGCUGAGAGUGCACUAGACAGACUGGCUUGUGGACUUGGUGGAAAAGUUGUCUUGCCAAUGACCAAGGAGCAUAUCAUGCAGAUGCUUCAGAGUCACGACUGGAAAUGUCGACAUGCUGGAUUAAUGGCCUUAUCAGCCAUCGGAGAAGGUUGCCAUCAGCAAAUGGAACCAAUUCUAGAUGAAACAGUUAACUCAGUUUUGCUUUUUCUUCAGGAUCCUCAUCCAAGGGUGAGGGCUGCUGCCUGCACUACACUGGGACAGAUGGCUACAGAUUUUGCACCUAGUUUCCAAAAGAAAUUCCAUGAAAUAGUGAUUACAGCUUUGUUGCGAACCAUGGAAAAUCAAGGUAAUCAGCGUGUGCAAUCUCAUGCGGCUUCUGCUCUCGUUAUUUUUAUAGAGGACUGCCCCAAAUCCUUGCUAAUUCUAUAUUUAGAAAAUAUGGUCAAAAGUCUGCAUUCUAUCUUGGUAAUUAAACUCCAAGAGCUGAUUCGGAAUGGAACUAAGUUGGCCUUAGAACAACUUGUGACAACCAUUGCCUCAGUUGCAGAUGCAAUAGAAGAAAGCUUUGUUCCGUAUUAUGAUAUAUUUAUGCCCUCACUCAAGCAUGUUGUUGAGCUCGCCGUUCAAAAGGAACUCAAGCUUCUUCGAGGAAAAACUAUUGAGUGCAUUAGCCAUGUUGGCCUUGCCGUUGGGAAGGAAAAAUUUAUGCAAGAUGCAUCGAAUGUGAUGCAGUUACUGUUGAAGACACAAUCAGACUUAAAUGCGAUGGAGGAUGACGACCCUCAGACUUCUUACAUGGUUUCGGCAUGGGCUAGAAUGUGUAAAAUUCUUGGAAAAGACUUUCAGCAGUAUCUUCCACUGGUUAUCGAGCCUCUAAUUAAGACUGCCUCAGCUAAACCUGACGUCGCUCUCUUAGACACACAAGACGUGGAGAACAUGAGCGAUGAUGAUGGCUGGCAGUUUGUAAAUCUCGGAGACCAGCAGAGCUUUGGAAUUAAAACUUCAGGACUUGAAGCAAAAGCAACUGCUUGCCAGAUGUUGGUGUACUAUGCUAAGGAGUUAAGAGAAGGAUUUGUGGAAUACACAGAACAAGUUGUGAAGCUGAUGGUCCCUUUGUUGAAAUUUUAUUUUCACGACAAUGUUCGAGUGGCAGCUGCAGAAGCCAUGCCCUUUCUCUUGGAAUGUGCAAGAAUUCGUGGCUCAGAGUAUCUUUCAGAGAUGUGGCAGUUUAUAUGUGAUCCCUUAAUCAAGGCUAUUGGGACUGAACCUGAUACUGAUGUACUUUCAGAAAUAAUGAAUUCUUUUGCAAAGUCCAUUGAGGUAAUGGGGGAUGGUUGUCUUAAUGAUGAACACUUGGAAGAACUGGGAGGAAUUUUGAAGGCAAAACUUGAAGGGCACUUUAAAAACCAAGAGUUGCGGCAAGUAAAAAGGCAAGAAGAAAAUUAUGACCAACAGGUUGAAAUGUCUCUUCAAGAUGAGGAUGAAUGUGAUGUUUACAUUCUGACCAAAGUAUCAGAUAUUCUACACUCAUUAUUUAGCACUUACAAGGAAAAGAUUUUGCCGUGGUUUGAACAGCUACUUCCACUAAUUGUGAAUCUAAUUUGUUCAAGUAGGCCAUGGCCAGACCGACAGUGGGGACUGUGCAUAUUUGAUGAUAUCAUAGAGCACUGCAGUCCAACCUCAUUCAAAUAUGUUGAGUAUUUUCGGUGGCCGAUGCUACUCAAUAUGCGAGAUAACAACCCCGAAGUCAGGCAAGCUGCUGCCUAUGGAUUGGGUGUCAUGGCACAGUUUGGUGGAGAUGAUUAUCGUUCUUUAUGUUCAGAAGCUGUCCCGCUGUUGGUAAAGGUUAUUAAGUGUGCAAAUUCCAAAACCAAAAAAAAUGUCAUUGCUACAGAGAACUGUAUCUCAGCAAUAGGAAAGAUUAUGAAGUUCAAGCCCAAUUGUGUAAACAUAGAUGAAGUUCUCCCACACUGGCUGUCAUGGCUUCCACUGCAUGAAGAUAAAGAAGAAGCUAUUCAGACUUUGAAUUUUCUCUGUGACCUAAUUGAAAGUAACCACCCGGUUGUGAUUGGUCCCAAUAAUUCCAAUCUUCCAAAAAUCAUCAGUAUAAUUGCAGAAGGAAAAAUUAAUGAGACUAUUAGCCACGAAGACCCCUGUGCCAAACGCCUAGCUAACGUUGUUCGGCAGAUACAGACUUCUGAAGAAUUAUGGUUGCAAUGCAUAUCCCAACUCGAUGAAGACCAGCAGGAAGCUUUACAAGAAUUACUCAGCGUUGCUUGAAGCACUUUACUAUCACUUGAAUAUCAGCUACCAUAAAGUAACUACAAAGUGUUGUGAGUGGAUCCAUUACAAAUGAGAGAUACCGCUUCUCUCUGCUAAGCAGUUCACACUUCCAUGUUUCUCCAGGAUUAGUGUUAAGGUCCUCUGUUCAUUUUGCAUGUGUCAUCUCUUAAAGACACUGUGGGUGUAACUUGUGCUUCCAGUUGUCUUAGAGCUACUUGUCACCUUCCCUCUAGUGUGAAGUGUAUAAAUCAUUGCUGUUUGUUUGAACUGUUGACGCUGGGUAAACGGUAUACUUGAUGCCAAGAGGUCUGUGACUAUCACAAGAUGUAAAGAGCUGACAAGGAAGGGGAACUUCCAGGAUAAGCAUCUUUGGUAUUGAGGGUGGAGUAUAUUAGCAGGCUUACUCUUCCUUGGUGAUACUUCUGUUCAUUAUGGUAAUGAAAGGAUGCUAGAACUGAGAGAGUUUCAAGGUACUGCAUGGAUGUAGGAGUUUGUUUCUAUGCUAUAAAUGAACCUUUUCAUAUAGAACUCCUGUAAAGUGGUUGGAGCAUGACUCCAUUCCAGUUUCCAAGGUGUCCAGCUGAGAGUUAUGAGAACUUAACCAAAUUGGUCUUAAAAAAUUACCUAGAACUGAAACAUUCAUGGGUGUGGAGAAGGAAGUGCUGAUACAUCUAACCCUAAGAACAUGUGACAGACUAUAACAGAGCUUAAUAAAUAAAAAUAGUCAAUGUUUGUGGGAGUCAGUUACUGUUACAUGCUUUAGCAGAGUAUUACUUUGUGUUUGUAUGUAAUAUUCCCCUACCGCCCCCCCCCCACCAAACAAGGAAGGAAACCUUUAUUUGGAAUGGGGAUUAAAUAGAUUUCUGUUUUGAAGCAGUUCCUAACAGAUUCUACAGAAACAGUGAAACAAACUUAAUUUUAUCUUUAAACAUUAAAAAGAAAAGAGCUUUAAGAUUAGUCAUGUAUCAGUGUUUUACAAAACAACUCUAUGAAUUUAGGGUUAAUUAUAUUAAUUGAAAUGUCUUUACUGUUGAAGGUGUUUUGUAGAGUAGAAAAAAGUUUCUACUUAACAAAACUUCAUUCAAAACUUCCAAACAAGAAUGUCUGUUGUGAUUUCCUGAGCCUGUUGUGAGUGCUGUGUACGUAACAGAGCAAAUAUGUCAGACCCAGUAAGUUCUCAAUAAAUUGUCAGUGUUACUACUGUUGGUUGUUC